AUUCGGGAAACUUUUAUUCCGGACAAAUGUAAAACCAAAAAUUUCUUUAAAGAACCAAAAUACUAAUUAAACCAAUUUUAGGUCAAGAAAAUUGAAAAUAAAAUCACGAUAGCUGCAGAAGUUCUCCUCUUUUCUAAGUGUGCCGUUUUUGUUCUUUUUCCAUUGCCGUUGCUAAUCGAUCCAUUUGGUCGCACUUUGCGAGUCUUGGACGUUGGAGGAGUUUCAUUCACGCUGUCGUUCGCCACCGGAGGAGUUUCGUUCCGUCGCUCUCACCUUCCACCAACACUCACGUUGCCGUUCUUCCCCUUUUGCAGCGAAAUAUGGAGAUAAAUGAAUGUGAACCAAUCGAAACCGAUGAGCCCAAAGAUAUUUUUCUUGGUCAAGUUGUAAAUAGCAAAGAAGAAGCUUAUGAUUUAUACCAAGAACAUGCCUUCAAAGUUGGUUUUAGUGUAAGAAAGGGGAAGGAGUGUUAUUAUGAUAACGAGAAAAAGAAUACACGGUUGAAAGACUUGUAUUGUUCCAAACAAGGGUUCAAGAACAAUGAACCUGACGGUGAAGUCGCUUAUAAAAGAGCAGAUUCAAGGACAAAUUGUAAAGCUAUGGUGAGAUUUAAUGUGACCAAGGAAGGAGUGUGGAAAGUUACAAAGUUGAUAUUGAAACACAAUCAUGAAUUUGUUCCACUUCAUCAAAGAUAUUUGUUACGUUCUAUGAGAAAUUUGUCAAAUCUCAAAGAAGACCGCAUAAAGUCUAUGGUGAAUGAUGCCAUUAGAGUUGGUGGAUUUGACAAACAUGGUGUAAUGUUGAAAGAUAUGCAUAAUUAUGUCUCCACUGAAAAGUUGAAAUUUAUUGAAGCCGGAGAUGCUCAAUCUUUACUGAAUCACUUACAAAAUAGACAAGCACAAGAUUCCAUGUUCUGUUACAGUGUGCAGUUAGACCAAGAAUCACGUUUGACCAAUGUCUUCUGGAGAGAUGGUAAAUCCGUAGUUGAUUAUAAUUGCUUUGGGGAUGUUGUGAUUUUUGACACUACUUAUCGUGAUAAUAAAUACAACCUUAUUUGUGCCCCAUUUGUUGGUUUAAAUCAUCAUUUGCAAAAUAUCAUGUUUGGUUGUGCUUUGUUAUUUGAUGAAAGUGAAGUUUCUUUUGCUUGGUUGUUCAAAACGUUUUUGGAGAGUAUGGGAAACCAACAACCAAAAACAAUCUUUACAGCUCAUGAUCCAGCCAUGGCUAAAGCGAUCGGAGAGGUAAUGCCAAAUGCAUGUCAUCGUUUAUGUUUAUGGCACAUAGCUAAGGUUGCUCCUUCACAUUUGGAUUCUCUCAUUUCCGAUCAAAAGUUUCAAAGCUUAUUUAGUAAAUGCAUGGGAGAUUGUGAUUCAGAAGAAGAAUUUCAAAGAACUUGGGAUGAGAUGAUGAAUGUGUAUAAGCUUCAGGAUCAUCAAUGGCUGAGCAAUAUGUAUGAAAUUCACCAUAAGUGGAGCACUGCUUAUAGCAAGAGUGUAUUCUCUGCUGGUAUCAAGUCCUGCCAAAGGAUUGAGAGUACAAACAAUGUGUUGGAUGAGAUUGCAGGGAAAACAACAACUCUCACACAAUUUUUACUGGCAUUUGAGAAGAUGUUGAAAAAGUGGCGCCGCUUAGAGGUUGAGGAGGAAUUCAAAAACAGCCAAAGCACACCUCCUCUUGUUAUAAAUAUUAGUGAAACAUUACGGCAUGUGUCUACGGUAUAUACUCACAAAGUCUUUAAUCUUUUUCUGAACGAGUAUCUUGAAGGGACAGGUGGAAGCACUUCUAUAGAGAUUGGUCAAUCUGAUAAUGUGUCAAAUCAUGAAGUCUUGUUGAACCAUAAGCCUAAUAAAAAAUAUACAGUGACAUUUGACUCUUCCAAUAUGAAGAUUAAUUGUAGUUGCUGCAAGUUUGAUUAUAUGGGCAUUCUUUGUAGUCAUGCUUUGCGAAUUUAUAACAUUAAAGGUAUUUUAAGAAUACCUGACCAAUACUUCUUAAAAAGAUGGUCAAAAAAUGCAAGGUCUGUGAUUUAUGAGCACAUAAGUAGGGGAAUGGGAGAAGAUUCUACCUCCAAUUUGGGGAUCAAUGAUGAUGAUGCUGGUAUUCCUUAUCGCAAUGCUAUUAUGAAGUCAUUCUACUCUCUAGUUUUGGAAAGUCAAGACAGCAAAGAAGCUCAAAAUAUUAUGUGGAAAUUACUUGAUAUUGGAGUUGAGAGGGUGCAGAAAGGGGUCGGCAAGGGAAAUUUAACUUCAGAUGUAGAAACAAUGGAGACAAAUUUCAACGAAAAUGAGGAAUCGUGUUUCACACCAAUGCUCUGAAUUGAUAUAUAUUUGCACCAGAAAUGGCAGUUAAUUCAUCUAUGGGUGUGAUUAAAACAAUGUUUUCAGUUGCAUGGACGAACCUCGUAGACUAGUUUAUGCUUCUUUGAAUGAGCUUCCACAGGGUGAUAAUUGUAAGUUUUAUUUGUCAAAUAUUACUCUGACUAUAUUUUACCUGACAGUACAUUUUAUAGCUUAUGAUGGAAAUAUACACCAUCCUCCUAUACUCCACCAAUGCUAUUCAAUAAACGUUGCUAGAAAUGAACUCAUGUCAUAAUAGAUACAUGAAAUAUGUGUACGUAUACUCGAGCACUGAUUUAUUUUGUGGCACAGAUCUUGCAAUUAAUGUUGGUUUCCUCCAAGUAGCAAUUCCAGUGAAAGGCAUUGACAAUGUAUGUCUUCAUAGGAUAGAAAUUUGUAAUUAUAUGAUGGAUAGUGACAGUGACAAUAUUUUGUUCUAUAUUUGCUACUUAAGCGAAGUUUGAGUUUAGAGUUUUGUGUUUUAUGUUUUGCAGUUUAAACUUAGUAUCUGCUUGACACUUACAAGGCCAAUUGAUGUUCAGAAUUUUGUGUUAACGUAACAAAUAUUGUUGGUUUAUAUUUACUCAUGUCAGAACCAAGUUUGGCGAUGGCAUUUGAA